AGAAGUCAUGUCGCGAGACUGGACUAAGACUAAGAUGGGCCAGCGGCCGUUUUAUCGUCUAAUUUAUCAGUCAUUGUCGCUAAUGAGGGUUUCACGGGCAAACAAAUGGCAUUAGAGAGUGUGUGAGUGUUGUAUAACGCUGUUGUGGUUGUUUGUGGUAAGUAAAGUGAAGUUCUAGUGUUUAAAAGGACUGAGUUAGCGGUCAGGGUGAGGUUGAGAGAGUCAGUACUGGGCGGUCAGUAGAAGGCAGGAGCAGCAGCAGUAGUCCAGUCUCAGCUCAACACUGAAGGAGUCAUGGAGGGUUUCGGGUCUGGAUCAGCGCUGGAGAAGAACGUGGCGGAUUUAACUGUAAUGGAUGUGUAUGAUAUAGCGGCUGUGGUGGGGCAGGAGUUUGAGAGGAUUAUAGACCAGUACGGAUGUGAAGCCCUGGCCCGGCUCGUGCCUAAAGUGGUGCGGGUACUGGAAAUCCUGGAAGUACUGGUGAGCCGGAACAGUAUGAGCCCGGAGACCGAGGAACUGCGAUUAGAGCUGGAUAAACUCCGCCUGGAGAGACUCGACCGUCUGGAGAAGGAAAGGAAACAUAAAAAGGAGCUGGAGCUGGUCGAGGAUGUGUGGCGAGGGGAAGCCCAAGACUUGUUGUCCCAGAUUGCCCAGCUGCAAGAGGAAAACAAGACCCUCCUCAACAACCUGUCCCACAAGGACUGUCCUUUAACAGAGGAGGAUGUUCAGAGGCAGGAAGGUAUGUCAGAAAGGGAAAGGCAAGUGAUGAAGAAGCUAAAGGAAGUAGUGGAUAAACAAAGGGAUGAGAUUCGUGCAAAGGAUCGAGAACUGACACUGAAGAAUGAAGACAUUGAAGCACUGCAGCAACAGCAGAACCGGCUAAUGAAGAUAAACCAUGACCUGAGACAUAAGAUCACUGUGGUAGAAGCACAGGGCAAAGCUCUGAUUGAGCAGAAGGUUGAGCUUGAAGCCUUUGCCCAAGCCAGGCAGCAGGAAUUAGCAAGUCUGAGGCAAGAGGUGGCACGGCUCAGAGAGCGCCUUCAGGGUGAGAAGACAAACGCUGAACCUGAAGAGCCAACUGCUCCAGUAUCACCUGCACAGAAUUCAUUCCCUGAGCCUCAGCAACUGUUGUCCCACUCUUCUCGCAACCACCAAGUGUUUACAGAUGAGGAAGAGGAUGAGACUGAGCAAUAUUGUGAUGAGGAAGAGGCUGUGUCCUUAUGGGAGGCGCUGAGUGAGGAGGAAGCAGCUCUGGACCUGAAAGACCCAAAUCGACCACGUUUUACCCUGCAAGAGCUGCGAGAUGUUCUACAUGAGAGAAAUGAGCUGAAGGCCAAAGUCUUUAUGCUACAAGAGGAAAUGGCGUAUUACAAAAGUGAAGAGCAGGAUGAGAAUGCUGGUCUGCCCACUCCAGAACCCUCCCCAACGCUCAGACACAGCUCACGAGCCAGUGCCCAGCCCGAGUCUGGCAUAAAGCGAUUGUUUAGCUUCUUCUCCCGGGACAAGAGGCGCAGCUCUCAGAGGGGUACGGCACAGUUUGAUGACAGCUAUAACCCAUGGACUGGCAAAGAUGACGUGUACACCGAGCAGGCCCAGGAGGCUUUACAGCAAAUGUAACCUGCAGGACACUGACAAAAGCACAGAGAGCCUUUAAUCACCUCUAACCUACUCUAAGCAAGACAUACUCCCCACAGUUUCAGUCAGAUUUCCUUACACCUAGUGGUACAAGCCAACACUCACAAAGGGACACGGGGAAACUGUGCAGCUUGAACCUAGAUACAACUCCACAACACUUUCAUUGUUGACGUAUCCCAAAGAAAUUGAAAUGCCAGGCUUUCUCUUUUUUUUUAGUUUGUAAGCAAGCGUUUGUGCUUUAAUUAGAAGCAUAGCGGAUUACCAGUACAGUAAUAGAGUGUGUGGUAAUAGAAGACUGCAGAUACUUAUUGAAAAGAUCAGCGAUGAAGGCCAUGUUAAUGUGUCUUUCAUGAUCUUGUUUCAAUUAGGGCACUUUAUUAUGAUCUUAAAUUCAAAUUGAAUUAUGAAACGAGGCCGCGCCUAGUGAAAGCGUGUGUGCAUUAAGUUUACAAUAAAUCAGGUUUUAUUGUAUGUACUCAUAGUGGGGUGGUGCAUUGCCAGUCAGAUGUGGCAUUUUUCUUUUUUUUUUGUAGUGAGAACAGUAAGUGUGCUUAUAUUAACACUAAUAAUCUGAUAACUGUCGGAUUUUGGCUGAUAUGGUGGUGGUGUUUCAGCCAGACCCAUUGCCAACAGGUGUACAAAAUAGAGUAUACACCGAUCAGCCAUAACAUUAAACCACCUCCUUGUUUCUACACUCACUGUCCAUUUUAUCAGCUCCACUUACCAUAUAGAAGCACUUUGUAGUUCUACAAUUACUGACUGUAGUCCAUCCGUUUCUCUACAUACCAUUUUAGCCUGCUUUCACCCUGUUCUUCAAUGGUCAGGACCACCACAAUACCAGCAGGUAUUAUUUAGGUGGUGGAUCAUUCUCAGCACUGCAGUGACACUGACAUGGUGGUGGUGUGUUAGUGUGUGUUGUGCUGGUAUGAGUGGAUCAGACACAGCAGCGCUGCUGGAGUUUUUAAAUACCGUGUCCACUCACGGUCCACUCUAUCAGACACUCCUACCUAGUUGGACCACCUUGUAGAUGUAAAGUCAGAGACGAUCGCUCAUCUAUUGCUGCUGUUUAAGUUGGUCAUCUUGUAGACCUUCAUCAGUGGUCACGGGGCACUGUUGGCUGGAUAUUUUUGGUUUGUGGACUAUUCUCAGUCCAGCAGUGACAGUGAGGUGUUUAAAAACUGCAGUGCUGAGAAUGAUCCACCACCUAAAUAAUACCUGCUCUGUAGUGGUCCUGUGGGGGUCCUGACCAUUGAAGAACAGCAUGAAAGGGGGCUAACAAAGCAUGCAGAGAAUUAGAUGGUAAGUGGAGCUGAUAACAUGGACAGUGAGUGUAGAAACAAGGAAGAUGGUCAUAAUGUUAUGCCAGAUCGGUGUAUAAUAGAAAUAAUAUGCUUUUAAAUUAGUGCCAACAAAUUGGCAAACGCUGAUUUUAUUUUGUGGUUACUUGAAAAACAAUAAUAAAUGUUCUUCUUUGACACCUCAGCAAUUAACAAGGUGUUCCCACCCACAGAACUGCCACCUACUGGAUGUUUUUGCACCAUAUGUUAGUUUUAGAAUCAUGCUACCACUAAACUACUGAUGAGUGACCAGCUUGUAGUCUCAGAGGCUUUUUCCCAUUGUUGCAUUACUAAACUAGAUGAAGCAUAGAAACUACAUCAGUGAGGUUGCUUACUGUGCCCAGUCCAUCUGAUUAUAGACUUUAACCCAACUGGCUUUACUGGAUUUCCUGAACUUUAGUCAAUAACAGCCUGCAAGAAUCUAAUAAUGGUAGGAUUUUAUAGUGGAUGUAAACACGCUCACAGCUACAGUAAAGGACAUACAGUCAAGCCGGAAAGUCUGCACACCCCUUUCACCUUCUCCACGUUUUAUUACGUUACAGACUUAUUCUACUCAAAGACUUUCUCUGAAGCCACUCCUUUGUUCUCUUGGCUGUGUGCUUCGGGUCGUUGUCAUGUCGGAAGGUAAACCUUCACCCCAGUCUGAGGUCCAGAGAGCUCUGGAGCAGGUUUUCUUCAAGGAUCUCGGUGUACUUAGCUGCAUUCAUCUUUCCCUCUAUCAGGACUAGUCUCCCCGGUCCCGCUGCUGAAGAGCAUCCCCAUCAUCAUGAUGCUGCCACCGCCACGCUUCACUGUAGGGAUGGCGUUAGCCAGGUGAUGAGCGGUGCCUGGUUUCCUCCAGACGUGACGCUUGGUAUUCGGGCCAAAAAGUUCAAUUUUGGUUUCAUCAAACCAGAGAAUCUUGUUUCUCAUGGUUUGAGAGUCCUUUAGGCGCCUUUUGUCUGGCCACUCUACCAUAAAGGUGUGAUUUGUGGAGUGCUGCCUGGAUGGUUGAUUUUCUGAUAGGUUCUCCCAUCUCCACAAGGAUGCGCCGGAGCUCUGUCAGAGUGACCCUCGAAUUCCUGCUCACCUCCCUGGCCAAGACCCGUCUUCCCCGAUCGCUCGGUUUGGCCGGGCGGUCAGGUCUAGGAAGAUUUUUGGUGGUUCCAAACUUCUUCCAUUUACGAAUGAUGGUGGCCACUGUGCUCUUUGGAACCUGUAAAGCUGCAGCAAUUUGUCUGUACCCUUCUCCAGAUCUAUGCCUUGACACAAUCCUGUUUCUGAGGUCUGCAGGUAAUUCUUUUGACCCCAUGGCUUGGAGUUUGCUCUGAUAUGCACCGUCAACUGUGGGACCUUAUAUAGGCGGGUGUUGGCAAUCCCUAAUUAAUCAUGUCAAAUCAAUUGAAUUUACCACAGGUGGACUCCAGUUAAAUUGUAGAAACAUCUCGAGCAGUAUCGGUGAAAACAAAAUGCACCUCGGCUCACUUUUAGGUGUCGUAUCGAAGGGUGUGCACCCUCAUGUAUGUGAUAUUUUAUUAAAUAAGCACAAAGGUCACUGUGUAGAAUUUUGUGACAAACAAUGAACUCAAUCUAUUAUAUAGUAGAAUGAGUCUGUAAUGUAAUGUAAUAAAACAUGGAGAAGGUCAAAGGGGUGUGCAGACUUUCCGGCUUGACUGUAUAAACAAUACUGGUGCUGCCUUGUGUUUUUAAUACUGUAACAGCUAAAACCUCUUUGGAAGCUACAACAUUUUAAACAUCACCAGCCAUCGUCGUUUUCCAGCUGUUCUGCGUCCUUACAUGUGGUGAUUUUACUGGCAGCAAUACAAUUUAGUCAAAGCAUGUAAAUGCCGAAGCAGUUGUGGCAGCGUAUAGUGACAAAAGCUGCUUUGUAAGCUUGGCGUUUGUUAACGUUUUUAUUCAGCGUUUUAAAAUUAUUCCUUCGUUGUGGUCGUAAAAUAUAUUUUAAAUAAGGAUCAGAAUUGAAUGAAGUACAAACUGAACCAGAAAAAUAAUCAGAGAAUAUUUUCAGCACAAAAAUAUCGCAAGAUUUCAUCUCAUUGCUCAUUAAAAUAUUUUAUACAGUCA